GAACACAGGCUAUCAGAUAAACUUUUCAGAGACUAUAACAAAAACAUCAGACCCGUGAGCUCGGCCCAUGAACCUACCAUCGUAACUUUUGAACUUUCGCUGCUCAACAUACUCGACUUGCAAACGCGGGAUCGCAAGCUACAGAUCAACAGCGAGAUGAUUAUGUUGUGGUGGGACUGGCACCUCAAGUGGAACCCCGCAGAGUUCGGAGGCGUCAAGGAGUUGAGGGUUCCUUACACUAGCGUCUGGUACCCUGACAUUAUCCUCUACAACACAGCUGAAUCAGACUACGAAUCAUCAAUCCUAAACACGUACGUCAUCAUCGACUACACGGGUCGGGUGGAGCUAGUGAGCCACGCGCUGUUGUCUUCCAUCUGUGACGUCCAAGUCGACUACUUCCCCUUCGACCAGCAGGAGUGUAGACUGCGUUUCGCAUCUUGGACUUACGACAUCGCGGGCAUCGUUCUGAAAGGUGGUACCGCCAGGAUUGGACACUACACACAGAAUCCAGAAUUUAAUCUGGAGAACUUCUGGAUAGAAAUGUCCGAGCAAUACAACGAGUGUUGUCCGAAGCCCUUCUCCACAAUCGACUACUACAUUCAAAUUCAGCGCAGGACGAAAUUUGGCAUGUUUUUCUACAUCAUGCCAGGCAUCUUGAUCAACGUGUGUGCGGUGAUGGUUUUCUCGUUGCCCGCCGAGAGCGGCGAGAAGGUUGGGCUCAGCAUCAACUCUCUGAUCGCCAUGAUUGUCUUCCUCAUGGCCAUGACCGAGAAAAUUCCCCCGACAUCUCGCAUACCUCUCGCUGACGUGAGGACGGCGGUGUUCGUCGCACAAAAUUUGCGGGUCAAAAUCCCGGAGUUGAUCUUGGAUCUCUGGGACCUGGACGGCCACGACGAUGACAACGACAGCGACGUGGAGGAGUUACAAGAGAAGUGUAAGCUUGGCUCAGGAGUGACAAGAGUUCGGCCGGCGAGCGCUGACGACAGGCUCUUCGUGAGCACCGUGACCGACACCUACCAGCGCGCGGCCGGGCAGCAACAGCUUCAUCCGUUCCAGCGUCGUACGUGCGACGCCCUGGAAAAGAUGCUCAAGAUCAUGCUGAGGGCGGAGGCAGCUCGCCUUCGAGAGAAAAGAACCAACGUCAGACAGGAAGAAUGGAAAUUUGUUGCUCGGGUUACCGACAGAUUUUUGUUCAUUGCAUUCUUCUUGACAGCGUUCUUUUUCAACGUAAUAAUCCUGACGAGCUCGCCUUACUCGGAGAAGUUCGAGUACUGUCCUUAUGGCCGCAACAGCACUGAUUGCAAUGACUUGACAGACGAACAACGGUGGCAGUUGGUAUACCAAAUGUCCCAUAACUCUGCUGGUAUCCAGAACGAUGCGCACGGAGCAAGUGACAAGGAAUUCAAUGAAAAUGUUCAUAAGGGAAAUAAUGGAAGUGGCGGUGGAUGUAAAGAUGUUAGCUGCUUCGACGACCACAGUGGUGAAUCAAAGAACACUUUUCAUUCGAGUGGUGAAAGUGGAACAGGAAAUAACAAUAGACGUAAAGGAACUGGUCUGGAAGGUUGCGAAGUCAGUGGCGGAAGCUGUUACGAUGACAUUGGCGCUGAUGGAGGAAGUGAUGGAGGUGGACAUUAA